AUGGUAAACAUAAUUAAAGCGAAUCAACGGGAGAAAGAAAUAGAUGCUGCACGAUGCAAGGUUUUAGAACAGACUGUAUUGGCGGAAUUAGCUUUAGUACAAGCGAUUGAAAAAACUAAGGAUGAAAAGGAAAUUUAUGAUAAUGAUUCGCCCGAUCAUAUUUCGAUGCCCCCAACUGUUGAUGAGUCUUUAGUCAGUGACGUAUUUGCUAAAUUAGAGUCGGCGCUUUCACAUGCUUCAGGACAAGAGAAAGAGAGUGUAUUAUACCAAAUAACGUCAUUUCCCAAGGCUGGUGAAACAAAUUGGAGAGUUUUGGAAAUGGUUGAUCAGAUAAUGUCUGAUUGGGUUGUGUUAAAUGGUGGAACAACUGCAGAAAUGCGAGGAUUAAUUGAGGUUAGCAUAUCUAAUAGUUUAGAAAUUGCAACCUUUCAAUCUCCAAAAAUUCUACGUUAUUUAACAUUUACAUUGAACACACUUGGUGAUUAUGAUGAAGCCGAGUUAGCUUUAGAAGCCUACACCGCAUUGGUUGAGAAAACUAGGGAAACAAAAACAGCUGAAGUUUUUAAAAAGAUUCCUUCUGCAGAGAAUACACAUGAAGAUAAGUUUUCUGGUAACGAAAGUAUCGAGCAUGUCGUGAAAGUAUUGAUUACUGUAAUUGAUCCAGAGAACCGUCCUGAUCUUCACUCCAAAUCAAUCGAAGCUCUUGAUAAGUCGAUAUCAUUUGAUCCGGAUGCUUUUGAAACGCAUUAUCUUUUGGCCUUAGAAUAUGCAAUUACAAGAGACAUUAAUAAAGCAACUGCUUGCGUGCGACAAGCUAUAGUAUUAGAAAAUGAGAGCAUUCCUUGCUGGCAUUUACUUACCCUUCUCAUGUCCUCUCAAAAAGAUAUUCAAGGUGCAUUGAAAGCAUGUGAAAUGUUUUUGAACGAAACGGAUUUAGAGAAUGCGGAUUCGUCCAUUGAUGAUGGUGAAGAAUUUUUAUCUUUUAAAUUAACACAGAACGCCUUGCAAGAGUUAGCAAAUGGCCCUGAAACUGCGAUACAGAACCAUGAAAAGCUUUUCACUUUAUAUGCAAAAAUGUUUCCUGAAUAUACUUUGAUAUCUCCAAGUGACCUCCCAUAUGAUUUACCUAGUUCACGGAAGCAUGAUGAUACUCAAACACAAACUGCACAAUCACCAAAGCCUGCAACUAGUUUACGAAACUUUCCAAGCAUCAUUGAAAAGAAAGAUGGGGAUGAAAGUACUGACGGAUCCAUUUCAAGCAUUGGACUAGGAAACAAAGAUACACUUGCCACUAAAAGUUUAGUAGAUUUAUGGCUUUCUUCUGCAGCGACCUUUCGUCGUCUUGGCAACUUAGAAGAAGCACAGAAAGCUAUAGAAAAUGCUGAAGAGACUGAUAAUUCUAAUCCGGAUUUUGGUUACUUGCUUUCUAUUCAAAAGCAAUAUGCUGAUGCAAUUACAUCAUUUCAUAAAGCUCUUGCAAUUGAUGGAAGUCAUGUUCCAACUCUUGUUCAUUUAGCAAGAACCUAUAUUGAAACAGAUAAUAUCGAUAUUGCGGAAGGCCUUCUCGAGAGUGUUACUAAGGGCAAUGGCAAAAUAUGCCAAGAUACCAAUAGAAUUAAUAGAGCUAAAGAAUGUUUAUGGUAUGCUUUAGAUCUAGAAGAAUCAAAUCCUUAUAUUGAGGCUAUUUCAUUUUUAGAAUAUUUGCAAAAUGAUCGGUUGAUUACAAAAGAACAAGUUGAAAAUGAUUUCAUGGAUGAAACUGGUACUCAGGCAUGCGAAUGA